AUGCUACGAUAAGUAUGUGGCAGUGCCAUAACAGUAGAUCCCAUUAAAAAAACUAAGUCUUCUUGUUCUACACCUAAUAAAGAAUUCCAUAUUGAUCAAAUCAUUAACAAAUAUAUUGGAAUGGAUAGAACUUCUGAUACUUUCACUUCUUCCAUUACUACAAUGUUUCAUAAUACAUUACCUGAAGAAAAAUAAUUAUUAGUAUCCCCAUAUAAGAAACUAACUGAAAGAGAUUGUGAAAAAUAUUUCACUACUUUUUAAAGACUAUCUGAUCGAAAAUCUGAUAUUCAAGAUAGUCCACAUUAAGAUGAAGAAUUUCAUCAUCUUAAAACUUCAAGUGAUUUUGCUUCAUCUCAUAAUUCAUUACAUGAACUUGCAUAAAAUCUUGAAUAAGUUUUUGAUUCACCUGAAAGUAAUAAUAAUGGACAUACUGAUAAAAGUCCAGAAUUUUAUAAUCCUGAAACUAAACUUAAAUCAUUACCCAAAGAACUUCCUAUUAUUGAAGAAAAUGAAGAAAUUAUUAAUACUCAUUAAAGAUUGAAUGGACUCAUCACUUAAAUUGAUUAAAAAAUUGGUCUUCAUUAAGUUAAUUAACAAGUUAUUGAAAAAAUUAAAGAAAAAUACCUUCCUAAAACAGAAGAUCAAUUUGAAUUUCAAGAUUUCCCUGAUUUUAAUCCUCCUGAUUGGCCAAAAGAUCAUGAUUUAGAUAAUCUUUCAAUUCAAUAACCUAAAAUUUAAUCACCCAAAUAAAUUGUUGUCAAAGAAUUCAAAGUCUAACCUAUCAGAAAUAUAACAUUCAAUUCUAAUGAAUUUAAUGAUUUUAUUUAAGAAUAGUUUUAACCUGAUCCAUCUGAAGAUAAAGAUCAUUCUUAACAGUUAUAAUUUUAAACUAAAGAAAAUUAAAAUAUAUUCCUUUAAAAAUCAAGUUAAAUUCUAAACAAUUAAACCUCAAAAUUUACAUUUCCAGAACUUAAUGAACAUUAAAUCAGAUUCACAAUUAAAGCUAUUGGAAUUUUAUUAAUAUUGAUAUUUUUAUCAUAAAUAUUUACUUUAAUAUUUUGA